AUUAAGGUUUGAUAUAAACUCCAGAGGUAAAAAGCCGAAGAAGUUUCCGCUGCUGUCGGCCCCGCCCUUUAGAGCUAGCGAUCCCGAAUGUUAGUUUUACUGUUACUCUGCUGUCCACGAAGAGACAACACCAGAAAGAAGCUGUUGGGAGUUUGCUCCACAAACCACCAUGGCUGUAGUUGAAGCCCCAGGCUCCAGGGCCACAGACUGCGUGACCAAAGUGGCUCUAACUAUUUCAUGUGACAAUCUGCUCGACAUGGAUGCGUUCUCCAAGUCCGACCCCAUGUGUGUGGUUUAUAUGAACACCUCAGGAUCCUACUGGUCAGAGAUUGGGCGAACAGAGAAGAUCAUGAACUGCCUCAAUCCUAAAUUCUCCAAAAGCAUCACCCUGGAUUACUACUUUGAGAUGGUGCAGAAGCUGAGGUUUGAAGUCCACGACAUCGACUCGGAAAACUGCAAUUUGCAGACCUCUGACUUUCUAGGACAACUGGAAUGCACCCUGGGGCAGAUUGUGUCUUCAAGGCAUAUAACAAGGCCACUCUUAAAGAGAGACAAGACGCCUGCAGGGAAAGGAAGCAUCACUAUCUUUGCAGAGGAGAAAACAGACAACAGGGUGGUGGCGUUUGAAAUGGAAGCUAGAAAACUGGACAAAAAGGAUUUUUUUGGCAAAUCUGACCCGUUUCUGGAAUUUUUCAAGGAGACAGGAACUGGAUGGCAGCUAGCUCACAGGACAGAGGUUGUGAAAAACACUUUAAACCCCAUUUGGAAACCAUUCAGGAUCCCAAUGCAGUCACUGUGUGGAGGAGACGUGGAAAAAUCCAUAAAGGUUGACUGCUAUGACCACAACAACAGCGGCUCUCAUGACUUCAUCGGAUCCUUUCAGGCUACGCUCUGCCAAAUCCAGCAGGCCACAGAAACGUUCGCAGCCGAGUUUGAGUGUAUCAACAGCAAGAAGAAGCAAAAGAAAAAAGGAUACAAAAAUUCUGGGAUCAUUGUCAUCAAACAAUGCAAGAUCAUAAAGGAGUACUCUUUUCUGGAUUACAUCAUGGGAGGCUGCCAGAUUAACUUCACUAUUGCUAUUGAUUUCACAGGCUCCAAUGGCAACCCCACACUACCCACUUCUCUGCACUACAUCAACCCUCAAGGCUACAAUGAGUACCUGGCAGCCAUCUGGUCUGUGGGUAAUGUCAUCCAGGAUUAUGACAGCGACAAGAUGUUCCCUGCAUUUGGUUUUGGUGCCAAGCUGCCUCCUAGCUGGCAGGUCAGCCACGAGUUUCCCAUCAACUUCAAUCCAUCAAAUCCCUUCUGUGCAGGGGUGGAAGGUGUGAUUGCAGCCUACCAGCAGUGUUUGCCUCAGGUCAAGCUUUACGGCCCCACAAACUUCUCCCCCAUCAUCAACCAUGUCGCCCAGUUUGCGAGACAAGCCAUGCAGCAGCAAACUGCAUCUCAAUACUUUGUCCUUCUCAUCAUCACUGACGGAGUCAUCACAGACAUGGACGAGACACGCGCCGCCAUCGUCAACGCUUCCCGUCUGCCCAUGUCCAUCAUCAUAGUCGGAGUGGGAGGAGCCGACUUCAGUGCCAUGGAGUUCCUGGAUGGAGACGAUGGACUCCUGCGGUCGGCCACCGGCGAGGCUGCCAUGCGUGACAUCGUGCAGUUUGUCCCGUUCAGACAGUUUCAGAACUCUCCUCAGGAAGCGCUUGCUCAGUGCGUGUUGGCAGAAGUCCCAGGUCAGGUGGCGGACUUCUUCAACAAAAUGAAGUUGAGGCCUCCUCACGGCGACUCACCUCUCUCUGACGUGCCUCCAUCAGCACCCCCUCCCAUCGGGGUUUGACAGGCCAAAUAUUCAUCUCCAAGUCCGCCUACUUUAACCUCUAAAUCUGUGCAUGAUGUUCUUGUUUCUUCCACCUUUAUGGCCAUGUUAGCAAGUAGCAUUAGCCUAAAUGUAGGAUUUUUUUAAACUUUGUUAAUCCAAAUAUCAAGACAUCUUGUUGAAGACACUCCCUAGUUUCUACUACAUGUUUUUCACAGCCGCUCACUGUGAAUUGUGCAUUUAUUUGAUGUGACCCAAGUGCCAGAAUUGUUCAAAAAUAUCAAUUUAUUUUUUAUUUUUACGUUCUUGCUCAUUUUUAGUAAACCUUUUUGAAAUCCUAGUGUUUUUAUUUUUUUAAGAACUGAAGCAGCUAUUAAAAACCAUUUCAUGUCAAAUACAAACACAAAACAUGUACACAGAAAGAGGAGAGCACUUUUUGAGUUUUUCUUGUAAAUAUCUACAGCAGCGCUAACAUGUUACCAAACUCACUUCUGGUGGUUUUAGUGAUUAAAAGGGCAAACAAAGAAUCCAGGAACACGUUUCAAGUACAGGUUUUCCAAAUGUUUACAGAACAAAUCCACUCAUGCUGGAUUGUUAAAUGCUCAGAACUUAAAAGGAAUUUACACUUACAAAAUAUAGUUUUGUUUUCAAAUUUAGCGUUCCUUGUGAUUAAGCUCAACCAUGCAAGUGUUCUGUUUUUAGCCUCAAGAACCUCUUAAAGUGGUUAAAAUGUAUUAGCAUUAUUCACAUUAUUCUCUAUUGUACAUAAUUUGUUUACACUGUAGAAAAAAGUUCACUUUGUCUUAAUAGAACUAUUGUAUGCACUUCACACUUAUGGUGAUUUUACCUGCAUUUUACACAUAUGAUCUAAUCUAUGCAAGAUAAUAUCCAACUGUUAUUUUUGUUUCAUUUGUUCCUAUAUGCCAUAUGAUGUCAGACAUGUAUGUAUAUAUUUUAUUAUAUUUGACCCACCUGCUUUACCCCAACAAUAAAAAAAGAUUUAUUAUAAUUAA